AUGAAAGAUCAAGAAUUACCAUCAGAAUCGACAUCACGUCCAAUUUUUCGCCAAAAUCUCAAUAUAACAACUAGUUCAGCAAAUAUGCACACUCGAAAUAGUUCUUCUUCAAAAGAUCUUAAUAAAAUCGUUAAACUAACUUCAACAACAACAAAAAGAAAUAAUCCAAAAACAAAAAAAAACAAUUUGGUUCACGAAAGAAAAGAACAUAUAUUCAAUCAACACCGAAAUCUAAAAUACCAACAACAAUCUUUGACAAUUAUAGUAAUUAGUACUCAUGACGAUAUGAUUGGUGAUCAUGGUUCAACACCAGUACAAAAAUCACGUUCAAAUAAUUCUUCUACAUGUCAAAUUAACAUCAAUGUAGAAGAAAAUUUAAUUCAUCUUGAUGAUCCUCUGGNUUUCUGA